CCAAUUCUCUUCACACGGCAAAAUAAAACACACAAGUGGAACCAACCUGGUAGCCUGACAGACAAAUAGAGAGAAAAAACCUUUUUUUUUUACCAGUGUUAGUUGUUAAAAUGGCGUCGAAGUUGUGUGACUCGUGCAAAUCUGCGACGGCGACUCUCUUCUGCCGGGCUGACUCGGCGUUUCUCUGCUCCAAUUGUGACUCCAAAAUCCACACGGCAAACAAGCUCGCCUCGCGUCACGCUCGGGUUUCGGUGUGUGAAGUCUGCGAGCAAGCGCCGGCUCACGUCACCUGCAAGGCUGAUGCGGCGGCUCUCUGCAUCACCUGCGACCGAGAUAUCCACUCCGCGAACCCUCUCGCGUGCCGACACGAGCGCGUCCCCGUGACCCCCUUCUAUGACUCCGUUAACUCAGUUCAUGCCGUUAACUUUCUGGACCAGCGUUACUUCUCGGAUGUUGAUGGAGACGCUGAUGUCAGCAGGGAGGAAGCGGAGGCGGCGUCGUGGCUGCUUCCCAACCCUAACCAUAAGGCUGUGGAGAGUCCGGACAUGAACACGGGGCAGUGCGUGUUCUCGGAGAUGGAUCCGUAUUUGGAACUGGAUUAUGGGCCUGUGGAUCCGAAAAUGGAAGCCCAAGAGCAGAACAGCUCUGGAACUGACGGGGUAGUCCCUGUCCAAAGCAAAAGCGUCCAAGCUCCGGUGAUUAAUGAUCACUGCUUCGACUUGGACUUCACCCGAUCCAAACCCUUAGCUUAUGGCUACAACCCCCACUGUCUUAACCACAGUGUAUCAUCUUCAUCGUUGGAUGUUGGGGUGGUGCCAGAUGGAAGUGUGAUGACGGACGUAUCAAACCCGUACGGGGCAGGGACGGAGUCAAAGCAUCAGACGAUGCAGCUUUCGUCGGCGGACAGAGAAGCGAGGGUGCUGAGGUACAGAGAGAAGAGAAAGAACAGAAAAUUCGAGAAGACGAUACGUUAUGCCUCCAGAAAGGCUUACGCUGAAAUGCGGCCUAGGAUUAAAGGCAGGUUCGCUAAGCGCACUGAGAUCGAAGUUGAAGUGGAUCGUAGUAACAUAUAUGGAUUCGGAGUCGUCCCGUCGUUUUAAAAUUAACCUCUCCUGUCUGCAACCUAAUCUCCUUCUGCUCUGCUGUGGUAAUUGGAAUUUUAAUUUGCAAGCGUUCUACUUUGCUUUACUAGCAGUAAAUGUUCAUCUACCGAGGGUUUUGCGGGGGAAGGAUUUUGGUUUUUAAUGUGUUUUUUUAGCAGCUUCUUUAAAUUAACGUAUCUGUAUAUAAGUAGGUGAUGAAGAAGGUGUUGUAAUCCGACCAACAAUGGUAUCUGAACCAUUGAUUUUGUACAAGUUCUUACUUGCAGUAAUCAGUGUUUCUUUUAUCC